UCUUGCCCGCCCUCUCCUGGUGGGACGCUGGUUUUUGAAUAUCUCCGCCCUUCGAGGAGGGAGGUUGUGGUUGGAAGAACUGCAGGAAAUUCUCGGGGCAGGGUUGCGCAUGAAAGCUACACGGAAGGAGGAGGAGGAGGAGGAGGAGUGGGGAUGUCCAUUCAGGCCUCCCAACUCAAGCUAAAAGAGGAAUCUUGUGCCUACCUCAAACCUGAAGAACAACUGUCCAUCUGGAUCAAGCUAGAAGAGAAACAAUUUCAAACUAGAAAACAGUCUAUCCCUUCAGAUGAAGCAGAAGGCAAGCAAUCUGUCCUGGUCAUUCUAGAAGAGGAAUAAAGCUGGAAGCACCCACUCAUCUCAGGCUGGAAGAGAUCAGGCUAGAAGAUAAGUGAUAUUAUGUCCAGAUCAUUCUAGAAGGAGCUGGUCACCCAAAUCAAGGUAGAAGAACAGCUGACUGUCCAGAACAUGUUAGGAAAGGGACAUUUGUCCAACUCGAACUAGAAGAGGAGCCAUCCACCCAGAUCAAGCUAGAAGAGAAACCAUCCACCCAGAGCAUGCUGGGAGAGGAGCCAGCCACCCAGAUCAAGCAAGAUGAGGAAUCAUCCAUCUAGAACGUGCUAGAAAUGCGGCCGGACACCCAUAAAAUGCUAGAGGAGCCAGCCACCCAAAUCAAGCUAGAACAGGAGUUGUCUGUCCAGAACAUACUAGAAGAGAAGCUGUCUACCCAGAACAAGCUAGAAGAGGACCCAUCCAUCCAGAGCAUGCUGGAAGAGGAGCCAGUUAUCCAGAGCAAGCAAGAAGAGGAACCACGCAUCCAGAAAUUGCUAGAAGAGAAGCAGCCCACUCAGAUCAAGCUGGAAGAAGAAAUGUCAUUCCAGAACAUAUUAGAAGAAGAGCCACCCACCCUGAUCAAGCUAGAAGAGGAACCAUCCCUCCAGAGCAUGCUAGAAGAAAAGCUGCCUGCCCAGAUCAAGUUAGAAGAGGAACAAUUUGUCCAGAACAUGUUAGAAGAGCCAACCACCCAGAUCAAGCUAGAGGAGGAACAAUUUGUCCACAGCAUGCUAGAAGAAGAGCUGUCCUCCCAAAUCAAGCUAGAAGAGGAACCAUAUGUUCUGAAUAUGCUAGAAGAGGAGCCGGCCACCCAGAUCAAGCUAGAAGAGGACUUAUCCAUCCAUAUCAAGCUAGAAGAUGAGCUGUCCACUCUGUUCAAGCAAGAAGAAGAAACAUCCAUGCAGAUCAAGCUAGAGGAUGAGUCAUCUGUCCAGAACAUGGUAGAAGAGGAAUCAUUUGUCCAGGUCAAGCUAGAAGAGGAACCAUCUGUUCAGGAUUUUCAGUACUGUGAGGAAGGAAAUAGAACCUCAGAUUCUCUAGUAGCUGAGAAUUCUGAAGAGAGUCCUCAUGGGUGGGGUGCAGAACAGGUGAGACCUCACAGGAUUUUACUGGGUGGACCACAGAGUGAUGUGUCCCUGAUUCCUGAGAUCCGCAAAGGCGAGCAUAAAUCCAUGAAGGAAAAGCAGCUGGCACAGCAAAGUCAAGAAUCUAAUCAGAGAACCCACUCCAGAGAGAGUCUGCAUCAAUGCCCAGAGUGUGAAAAGAGCUUUCAACUGAAAGAUAAGCUGCUGCAACAUCAGAGAAUCCAUGCAAGAAGAAAACUUUAUAAAUGCCUAGAGUGUGACAUAAGCUACCCACGAGAGAAGUUGCUUAUGGUACAUCAGAGGAACCAUAUGAAAGUAUUUGGAUGCGCUGAGAGUGGAGAAUCUUGCUACCAAGAAGGGUCUCUUUCAGCAGAUCAGAGGACCCACACCAGGGAGAGAAGUUGCUUGUGUCCAGAGUGUGGAAAAAUGUUCUAUGACAAUAAAACUAUGAAUAGACAUCUGCUUACGCACAAGGAAGAGAAACCCUAUACAUGCUCCAAAUGUGGGAAAAGCUUCCGACGAAAGAGUGGUCUUCUGACACAUCAAGCAGUGCACACAAAAGAGAAACCUUAUGCAUGUCCUGAUUGUGGGAAAGGUUUCUGCCAUAAGACAACACUUGUAUCGCACCAAAGAAUUCACACUGGAGAGAAACCCUUUGUGUGUCAUGAGUGUGGACAAGCCUUCCAUGCAAGUUGGUCACUAUCCAGACACCAAAAAGUACACACUGCACAAGUGUUCUAUGAGUGCCUGGAGUGUAAGAAAGUCUUUCUUCAAGAGAAAUCGUUUUUUAUACAUCAGAGAAUCCACACUGGAGAGAGACCAUACGAGUGUCCUGAAUGUGGAAAAACGUUCUGUGCCGAAUCAGCAAUGAGGAGACACCAGACAGUCCACUUAACAGAGAAACUGCAUGAAUGUUUAGACUGUGGAAAAAGCUUCCGGUGGAAGCAAAAUUUUCUCAGACAUCAGAACGUCCACACCAGUAACAAACUCUAUGAAUGUCCUCAGUGCAGAAGAACCUUCAAAUCCAGAGACGCAUUAAAUAAGCACCAAAUAAUCCACACAGAAGAGAAUGCCCAGAGUGUGGAAAAACCGUAUCAAUGCCCAGACUGUGGGAAAAGCUUUCGAUGGAAGGAAUAUCUGUCAUCACAUCAGAAAAUCCACAAAGAAGACGCGCCCUAUGGAUGCCUGGAGUGUGGGAAAUGCUUUAAACGGAAGUAUUAUCUUGUCUUGCAUCAGAGAACACAUACUGGAGAGAAACCUUAUGAAUGUCCUCAUUGUGGAAAAGCUUUCCGAACAAAAGGUGCAUUGAAUGAGCAUCAGAGCAUCCACACUGGGGAGAAACCAUACCAAUGCCUGGAAUGUAAGAAAAGCUUCCGAAGUAAGGAUCAACUUGGUUCACAUCAGAUAAUCCACAAAAAUGAGGCCCUUUAUGGAUGUCUGGUGUGCGGGAAAGGUUUUCGCCGUGAGAGUCUGCUUGUGUUACACCAGAGAAUUCACACCGGAGAAAAACCAUUUGAGUGUCCUGAGUGUGGAAAAACCUUCCAUGACAGAAACAUACUGAAAAGACAUCAGAAAAUCCACACAGGAGAGAAACCCCAUGAAUGUCCCGUGUGUGGCAAAAGUUUCCUACGAAGUUACUGUCUCACUGAACACCAGAGAAUCCACACUGGAGAGAAACCCUUUAAAUGUUUUGAGUGUGGAAAAGCAUUUCGGAAAGGGAAGAUGUUGACUUCACACCACAGACACCAUAUAAGAAAAGAAAGUCAUGAGGAGACUGAAUGUGGAAAAAGCUUUCCAAGUAAGAAAAAUCCAAAUACACACCAGCAAAUACACACAGGAGAAAUGUUAAAGAGUUACUCUGAUGUAGAACCUUCCAUGAAUGUUGAGGACUCAGAUGGACUGGAGAGUCCACACAGUGAGGACAGUGUGUCUCUUGCGGGACAACAUCUGUGAAGAAUGAAGAGAGUGUUUAAAAAUCAGAGGAUGAAGAUGGGAAUGAAAUUGGGUAAAGAUGCCAUUAAUGGUGGGCGGGCGGGGGGACUAUUUCUGAUUUAAAAUCUAUCUAAAUUGGGCAAAUAUGAAUGUAGUCUCUGUGAUGUCCCACCCUGAGGUUUUGAGACGUUAGAAUAUCAGCCCACUGCCACCGCUUGAGGACAGUUUCAGCCACCACCCUGAUACCUCAAGCCUCUCAGAAUCGCUCUACUGUCCUGGCCCAACAAUUCCUGUCUUCAUGUAGAUAUUGACAAUUAAGUUGCCAGUUCAGAUGUACUACAGCCAAGGAUUUAUUCUUGUUUAAAAUAAAAUACAAUUCUCUCUUCUACACAAAUCUACAAAAGGCAUGCCUACCAACCAGUAGCAGCUACCCUCUAACUCAAGGGUUCUCCAACUUGGGUUCCCAGAUGUUGCUGAACAACUCCCAUCAUCCCCAGCCACAAUGUCUUUUGGGGGUGAUGGGAGAUGUAGUCCAACAUUUGAGGACCCAAGUUUGAGAAACCCUGCUCUGACUUUAAUGCUCCCAGACUCUCUCACCCCGUCUUCAUACGGAAUCCCCACUGUCCGAUCACAACAGUGCUUUUGCUGCUUGUACUACAAUCAGUACAAAACCUCCAGUUUAACUUUAUAUUUUACACAAAAUUUUUGCUAAUUGCAAUUCUAAAGCAGAACAAACACCAUUUUGUCACAGUCUCCAGGUCUGUUUUUAGAUGAGUUCUUGUAUUUAGUUUUAAGGUUUCCGUGCUUUGUAUAUUGGCGUGGUUUUUCUCUCUUUUAACACGUGAGCCCUGUGAAAUUCCUCACAAGACUAUGAGAUAAGGGGCUGAAAAACAAAAUAAAGAAAUAAUACAAAAGAA